UAUCCGCUGGCAAAAAGCAUCAGGGCGAACAGGUACGCAGUUUCCAAUGCAGCUCAGGUGUCUCGCAUAGCACCACCGUACGCAAAGAGUCUGUAGAGACAGCAGGCUGGACAGCAAGAGGUUUAAUCAUCCAACCGAGGUCGUUGUUGUUGUCAGAUCACGACACCUGCUUCCGCGUCUUGUCGGCGCUAAAGCUUGGACCCGAGGUGUUUACCUCCCCAGCCAUCCGUCGCCGUCCAGCUCGUCGACACCCGCACUCCCCCACAAACAUCUCGUCGACUGCAGCAUCAUCUUCUACACGCGCCCAUCUGCCGUUUGCUGCUGUCGCAUCGCAUUGAGGCGCCAUGUCGGUCAAAUUCGAGAAGGAGACGACGACCAAGACGACAGCCGCUGUUGCCGACGCUCUGGAAGGAAAGGAUGGAGUGAUGCACAAUCUCGGGCAGGCUCUGACCAAAGGCGGCGGUCCCAAUGGAUACCUCGCUGCAUACCUCAAGCAGCUGCAGAGCAACCCGUUGCGCACCAAGAUGCUAACUUCGGGUACUCUGUCUGGUCUCCAAGAGUUCCUGGCCUCGUGGAUCGCCCACGACAGGAGCAAGUCGGGUCAUUACUUCACCUCGCGUGUCCCCAAGAUGGCUAUCUACGGUGCCUUGAUCAGCGCGCCCCUUGGACACGUCUUGAUUAGCGCCCUCCAGAAGGUCUUCCAGGGGCGCAAGAGCUUGAAGGCAAAGAUCUUGCAGAUUCUCUUCAGCAACUUGCUUAUCUCGCCCAUCCAGAACAGUGUGUACCUCGUCUCCAUGGCCCUCAUCGCAGGCGCUCGUACCUUCCACCAAGUCAAGGCGACGGUCAAGGCUGGUUUCUGGCCUGUCAUGAAGGUCAGCUGGAUCGUCUCGCCCAUCUCUUUGGCAUUCGCUCAGCAGUUCCUGCCUGAGACCACCUGGGUGCCCUUCUUCAACAUUGUCGGUUUCAUCAUCGGCACAUACAUCAACGCGCAUACCAAGAAGAAGAGGUUAGCUGCUCUCAGGCGAAAGCACUACGGUGACGGCAGCGGCAGGAGUCAGGGUCCGGGUUCGCGCCCUAGUUCGCGCCCUGGCUCGCGUCCCGGCUCCGUCAGUGGAAGGCCUGUCGACGAGUAUGGCCGUCCCGACGACCGCCCACGCUACUAAAUGACAGGCCUGGUAAUGACAGCGCGAUUGUCCGGAGUCCUGUUCGCUGUUAUAUACCGAUCGACCGUAGGAACCCCAACGGUCAGAAUGAGGCAUCACCCGUCUUUGCUCAUGUGUUACGACAAACUCGGGGAACGAGAUUCGGCUACCAGUCAGGCGCUUCACCAUCUAGUGCGCUUUCAUGUUCGGUCCCCUUUACGUGCUUUGUAUAUCCCAUCUGUUUUUCUGUUAAAUCACUGGAACCGCGACUGGCGUUCGUUGCGGUUACCACCAAAUAUACACUAUUACUUCCACCUACUAUUCGACCGCUCCCACCUGUAUUAUGUCGCCAUCACGUCUAACCCAUACAAAAACACGUCUCCGUUGGUACUGACAUUCGUUAGGCUGAGCGAAGAGGCGGCGUUGGAAGCCGUCCGCCUAUCAGAAC